AUGGCUCAAGCAUUGCUCCUGAAAAGACUUUUUCUUUUCUCACUGACUCUGAUCUUUCUUAAUUCAUCUUUGAACCCUGUCAUUUAUUGUUGUAAAUUAAUAGAUAUUCAACAAGCGAUCGUAGACAUACUGCGGAACAUGUCUGGGAGGAGACAUCCAUCUUGCGAAAUUUGAAAUCGCUCCUCAAGUGUUGUCCCUGCUAGCAACUGAACCCCACUGUGCGUGACUUGCAAGAGCAGCAUGUAGUAUGUUCUCAGCACUGUAAUCAGAGGAGGCAAAACCAAGAUUUUUUACACAUAAAAUGCAGCAAUCAAACAACUUACAAAUUAAUCGGGAAAGAAAGAAAUGUAUAUGAAUAGUAGAGUUAAGUUAAUUUUUCGAUUUACAAUGAAAUUGUUUCUACUUGUUAAAAGUUUUAGUAGACAUAUUGUAUUCUGCACAGACAUUUUUAUCACUUUUCGAAAGUGGACUCUUGUAUGAUACAACCCAUGGAAUAGAGCUGUUGAUUGCUUUGAACACUGAAGGAACUUAACUCCGUGUUGGGAGUUUUUUUUUAAAUCCCUUGUUGCAUUUCUAAGACUCAAGCCAAAUUAUCACAAUGUUCAACAUGAUGGCAGUAUGAGUUAAGUGUCAGUAGAGCUCGAUUAUUAUUAACGUCAGGGAGAGGAAAAGACGACUUUGAAGAAAGAGUAUGGCCAAAGGUAGAGAUGUUAAAAAUCCUAAAAGUUAAGUGUCAUGCAUAUCAUUGAUCUGUCAAAAUGAAUUUCAAAGAGUUUUCAUAACUUUCUAUCAAAUAUAAUUAUACGUAUUCUUAUCAGAUGCUCUUUUGAAAUUGAUUCAAAACGUUUCAUUAAAACAUCAACAACAAAAAAACAACAUUACUGUUACUCGCAUAAGCGAACCGAGACAAUGACUCAUUCCUUAAAUUAACGGUUAAGAAUAUAUGAAAGUCAUAUAUUUGAACUGCGGAUAAAGACAUGAAUGAAAGUGAUCCUCGCAGUGAUAUGCACUACUUAGGCAGUAGUGAAAAUAAGGCCUGAAAAAAAAUUCAGGCCUGUACGGGAUUUGAACCCAUGACCUCUGCGAUACCGGUGCAGCGCUCUACCAACUGAGCUAACAAGCCAACUGGGAGCUGGUCAUGAUGGUGGUUCUAAAUAAACCCGUGAAGUGAUGAUUAGGCAGUAGUGAAAAUAAGGCCUAAAAAAAAUUCAGGCAUAUCAUCACUUCACGGGUUUAUUUAGAACCACCAUCAUGACCAGCUCCCAGUUGGCUUGUUAGCUCAGUUGGUAGAGCGCCCGUACAGGCCUGAAUUUUUUUCAGGCCUUAUUUUCACUACUGCCUAAGUAGUGCAUAUCACUGCGAGGAUCACUUUCAUUCAUGUCUUUAUCCGCAGUUCAAAUAUAUGACUUUCAUAAAUUCUUAACCGUACAUUCAUCACUUCACGGGUUUAUUGAAAAAGAUCAAAUUUGACAAACAAUUCGGCGGAGCAAAGUGAGAUGAGCAGGAGAUUAAGGAACCUUACGCCGAGUUUAGUUCCUCGUUCAAAUCAGUCAAGCGCCCUGUUUGAUUGGUUGUAUACCGCUUUCGAAAAUUUAUCUAAAAUUUGAUAUAGAAAAUGAUAUGCUUGCUUCUACUUUAUUUUUAUCAACAACAACAGUUUCAUUGUCCGUCGAAAAUAAAUCUAGCAUUACUGUUCCCUUGAAAUCCAUCUUUCCCAAUUAAUAAUUUGUAUACUAUCGUUGUUUGGCUUCUGUAUCUUACGGGUAGAUAUUCUUGGGUUUGUCACCUUUUACCCGCUGAAAACAAAUUGCACACAGUUCAUAUGUCUCACGCAAGGGUUCAGUUAUUAGCAAGGACAAAAUUGGAUGACCGAUUGUAAAUAUAGCGGGAUGAAUGUCUCUUGCGAGGCAAGUUCCAUACUACGUCUAUGAUGCCUCGUCGAAUUUGUCUCAUCCUCCAACAGAUGACCGGGUUCAAAGAUGAAUUAAGAAAGAUUAGUGUCUCUAAAAGGCGUAAAAGUUUUUUCAGAGUGAUACUUGAGUCUGAUGAUCAGCCGAGCAAAUUUGAAAAACGGCAUGCAUGCGAUAUACAAUUAGUUAUAUCCUGAUGUGGAACAUGAAUUAAUGUGUGAAUCAAGCCAACAGCUGCACUAAUAAAUCCAAUGGCAUCAUGAAUGCUUCACAAUCCCCACGCGGCGAUGCAGUUAUAAAUAUAACUCCAGAAAUACUCAGCAUCAGGUAAGCGUUAAUUACGGCUUGGAUUCUCCAUCUGCAGUCAGUUAAAAAGAAGAGAAGUGUAAAGUGGUUGACCAAAUAAACGGCAAGCCACAUCAGAAAAGGAAAGGUUCAGGGGAAGCGUUUAAAGCUCUUGCAGUCAGGUUGUCAAAGCUUUGUGUAUGAUGUAGAUUGUCACGACGUUCAAUGUGAUGUAGAUAUAUAUAAGUUAGAAAACUGUUAAAAAUAAAGUCGGCUAUCAUGGUUGGAAGAAGAUCUCUAGUGUCGACAUUGGAGGGAUAAUACUGCAAAGACUCGAGCUCGUUACUUCUUGAAUCAAAAGUUAGAACUUCCGAUAAAUAUAUAUAUUGUUAUGUUACUGUUUACGGUAAAUUUUUUUUUGGAAAUUUGACACGAGUGAAUCACUGACCCUAUCUUCUUCAUAAAAUAUUACCUUUUAGCUAUCCUUUCAUAAAUGUGAUGAUCCUAAGCUCAAUAGAGCUCGAUUGUUGUUAACUACAUACAAAAGUAUACACCAUUUUGAAAAGUAUGGCUAAAGUCAACAUCUUAAAAGGUCGAGAUGUUGUCCAUGAUGGCGUGUCGAACGUGUCUCUUCUUCCAACAGUAGAUGACACGGUUCAGUGAUGAAUGAAGAAAGUUGAUUUAAAUUUUUUCAAAGCAGUGCUCGAGCCAUAGAUUCUAAAACUAACCGAGCAAAUGUGAAAAGGCAGAUGACAAAUAGCAAACACGAGAUUUAGAAAAUACUAAUCGUAGAUUUAAUGAGGGCAGCAAAUUUUUUCAUCUCAUCUGACUGAGCUUCUUCUCGUAUUCGCACGGAUUGUAUCUGAUUCUUGUGCCUUCAGACAGUUAAAUAAAUUUUGAUAUAGAAUGUAAAUAUGAGAAUAAAGCCAAUAGCUACAGUAACUGAACUAAAAGCAUUUGGAGUCCCACGCAGCCCCCACAAUGUCAUCGAAGAAACAAAUGUAAUGUAAACCCAUAUUGAGAUCACCAUAUAAACAACACGCUUGUGAGUCAUAAGCUCUUGGUAUCUGAGGUAAAGAUGAACAGCUAAGAACCUGUCCAUAUUUACAACCACGACACCCAAACACGAAGCAAGUGCUAAUAAAUGGCCAGAAUUACUUAGGAUUCGGUAAACGUUACGGCUUGGAUUCUCCAUUUGUAACCACUUGACAAGAAGUGAAAUGUAAACUGGGUGACAUAAGAAACCGACAGCCACAUCAGAAAAGGCGAGGUGCAGAAGAAGCGUUUUUAAAGGUUUUGCAAUUGUUGCAGCUUUGUGUAUCGCGUAAAUUGUCUCAAUGUUCAACAUGAUGGCAGUAUGAGUUAGAAAACUGUCGAAGAUACAGUUGGCGAUAAUGGUUGACCGAAGAUCUUUGAAAUCGGCGUUGGAGGGAUAAUACUGGAAAGACUCGUUACAAUAAAAUUCGCUAAUGAUGUCAAUUCCGCUUCUCUUGAAAGAAAAAUGGGAAUCUCAGACAAACAGAAUGUUGUGCUAAUUUUUACAGGAUAGUUUUUAACUCGUGAAUUGCGCGCAUACGCAAGAGCGAGUUAUAGAUAUGGUGUGGGGAAUGGCAUUCGCUCGCUCGCUCGCUCGCUCGCUCGAUUGGUCGAUUCCUGUAAACUUUUUUUAGAUUUUAGGCUUUUUGAGUGCAUUUGAUAGUUUUUGGCGAGCAAUAAACAGACGAAAUGGCGACAUUUGUUGCUAAGAAUAGUGGUGGGGUGAAAAAGAAGCCAAUGAUAAUCUUAAAAGAGUUUUUUUUUUUCGUUUUAGUUUCAACAAGCGGCGCCAGCGACUGGCGGGCAUGCAAGGAUUCACACUGAAAUAACAGAACAACCUUUGUUUUUCAUAAAAUUGUAAUUUACAAUCCUUGAACUUGAAAACAAUCCGAAGAUUCAUUGAAAAUAUCACUUACUGCGAAGCGCUCGGAGUUUACAAAUGUUCAAAAGCUUUUCUGUUAUGGCGUGAGAUUGAGGACAAAAUUGAUCAUUAAUUUCGUCGCGUGUGUUUUUCCUGUGUGAAGCAACAAAAGAUGCCGGCGACUGACGAAACAACAAGUUAACAUGAAAAUCAAAUAACACCUAAACAAACAAUUUUAGCUACCGAUUUUCAGUGAAUUUUUAAUUUGAAGAUUCAACAUACAUACAACGUACUAAAAUGCGAAAGUUACACACCACAAAAUUGAUAAAUAGGCCUGAAAUGAAAUUCUAUCUUGUUAUUGAUUAUACGUUGCCUAGCACGUGACUUUAAUCUACCCAGGCGGAGAUCCAAAAUGACGGUGGCAGGCUUGGCUUAGUUAUAUCACUCAAAACUCGUUCCCGUUUGUCUCAUUUGAUAAAGAGGGAAUCGUUAAUGUUUUCAUUAAGACAGUAUUGCCUUGAUUUUCUAAUAGUUACAACGAAAGACAGUAAAUUUCACUUUUCACCCACAUUUACUUCCGACCUUUUCUUUUGAACCAGAAACAAAAAUGAUAGACGUUUAAAACACAUGACAUCAUCCACCUUGUCAAAUGUAAUAGCAUGAUCAUUUCAAUUGCAAUGCCUUCUUAUCCCAACGUUACUUUGUUUCUUUGCUACAUUAGCGAACACUGAACUACUGCUCGUACUCUAGAUAUGACAAUCAACCACAAAAUUCCCUAAACCAGAUAACAUUAAACAUAAUCUAAAAAAACAUGUGUCAAUUCACGAGUUUGCUCACAGAGCAAUUUGAUUACUCUUACGACACUGACUAGUUGAUCACUGACUCCCCUUUUUUCCUGAAAUUAUUUUAAUACUAAUGUUCCCAUGCGAAAGGAUAAUGUUACCAGAUCAGCUUGUCCGGCUUAUGGUCCACAUAUAGCUCUAAAAAACACGUGAAUACUUUUGUUGAGAAUCACUAGUCUUCACAACAAAACCACUUGUGCGUAAACUAAGACAACAAGCCGUUUUGCGGUUGAACUUACCCAUCGGGCGUAUAAAUUUAGAGUUAAACGAGGCCACAAAAAAAUUUAGCCCAUUUAAUUGAGAAGUCAAUAGAGCGUGAUUACUAUUAACGUCAUGGAGAGGCAUACACGAUUUUGAAGAGUAUGGUUAAAGGUAGAGAUAUUUUGUUUUGUUUUCACUGGCUGACAGGCGCCGAUCUCAGAAAACUUGAUUAAGUGCACUUUGUUUUUAACUUUGUGAAUAGGAAUGCUGUGAUGCUGCCUUAACACCGUCUCUGUCUCCGUCUUCAGCUCUUGUCCAUCCUUAGUUAAUAUUACAAAUUUGGUAAAAAAUCCUACUACGUUACUCUCUUGGCGUAUAUUUCCCCUCAAGUAUUGACGCGAUGUUCUCGUCCAUUCAAAAGAGACUCAGUUCAACGUCUGGUGAGCAGAUUUUGUUUUUGUGAUAACGUGCAUGAACUUAUGAAAAUACGAGUUUAAUUAAUUGACAGUUCUUCUUUUCCACCGACAUUUUUAGCAACAACUCCGCGGACAGUGGUAGGUGAUUCAGGCCUCUGCUGAGAGGGGUAAAUUUGAGAACUUUACUCUGGGAAGGAGAGAUUGCCACGGCUCAAUUACACGUAAGAAACACAGUUAGAAUUUCGUGUUAAUAAAAUAGUUAAAUAUUUUAAUUCGGCAAAAGAGUGUCUGAAGAGGCGCCAAAGCGUCUCAAGAAAUUGUUUAAAAUUCAUUUUGAAAGAUGAUAUGACAUUAAGGUUUCGGGCUUCUAUGUUUUCGACUUUUGCACUAUUGUCUUCCAAAGUUUAGUUGAAUAUCCUCACCUGUCAGAGGGUCUGAAUGGGGUCUCUACUGCUCAUGAUUAAAAUAAUGGCCAUUUACGGCAAACGAUUCAUUUUCUUCCUAUGUAAUUAAAAAAAAACCGUCAACUUUUUUUGCGACUAACGGUUAAAAUUUGUGAAUGUUUUAUGCGUAACAGCAAUUUUUUUGGCCGUUUCAUGGCUAACAAUUAACCCUAUUGCGACCCACCUGUCAGAAUUUUUUUGCUUUUUUCUUAAAAACGGUUUAUGCCUUUCCAUAACAUUAAUGAUAAUCAGCCUUAUGAACGUUUCAAUAACAAUUGUAAGUACGUUAAAUCUGUUUGUGGACUUUUUUAAGUCUCAAUUUAUACGAGAUAAUGCACCCAAUAAGAUAUUCAAAUUGCACAACGGCAUGUUGUCUCAGUUUAAGCACAGUUGGUUUUGUUAUGUAAUUAAGUCAUACUCAAUAAUUCAUUACAUCGACGUCUUUCUCCUAAGUCAUACAUCAGAAAAGCGAGCUGAUGUGGCAGCAUCAUCACGACAUCUGGCCCCUCAUCUUAGGAGCAUCACAUUUGUGUAGGCAAAGGUAACAGUUCAAGAAGAAAGUGAAGAAAAUGAUGAUUUUGUGUCGAAAGAGGAAAUAAUCUACCUGCAGAGAGUAAAGUAACAUUGUGUCUGAAGUUCCCAUUUUUCUUUCAAGACAGAGCGGAAUUGACACCAUUAGCGACUUCUAUUGUAACGAGUCUUUCCAGUAUCAUCCUUCCAACGUCGAUUUCAAAGAACUUAGGUCAACUAUUAUGGCCGACUUAAUCUUCAACAGUUUUCUGACUUAUACCGCCGUUAUGUUGAAUAUUGUGACAAUCUACGCAUUGCACAAAGCUUCGACGAUUGCAAAACCUUUAAAAACGCUUCUUCUGCACCUCGCCUUUUCUGAUUUGGCUGUCGGUUUAUUUGGUCAACCACUUUAUAUUUCACUUCUUGUCAAGUGGUUACAAAUAGAGACUCCUAGCUGUGACGUUUACCUAAUGCUGAGUAUUUAUGGUUAUUUAUUUAUAGGUACUUCGUUCCUAGGUAUGGUGGCUGUAAGUAUGGAAAGGUUCUUAGCUGUUCAUCUUCACCUCAGAUACCAAGAGCUUGUGACUCACAAGCGCGUUGUUACUGUGGUAAUCUCAAUAUGGGUAUUCAGUGUAUUAUUAUCUUCAAUAACAUUGUGGGGGCCGCGUAGCACUCGGGAUGCUAUUGGUUUAGUUAUUACAGCAGUUGGCUUCAUUCUCACAUUCGUAUUUUACAUCAGGAUAUAUUUAAUUGUUCGACGGCACAAGAAUCAGAUCCAGUCCAUACAAAUACGAGGUGAAGCUCAGUCUGAUGCGAUGAAAAACUUUGCUGCCCGCAUUAAAUCUACAGUUGGUAUAUUCUACGUCUAUGUCUUAUUUAUGAUUUGUUUUCUGCCUUCCCUAAUUAGCUCGGCUGCCAUCAGAAUCUUUGGCUCGAGCAUCGUUUUGAAAAGAUUUCAUCUUCUUUCAGUGACUCUGAUCUAUCUUAAUUCAUCUUUGAACCCUGUCAUUUACUGCUGGAAGAUGAGACACGUUAGACACGCUAUCUUAAACAUACUACGAAACAUGUUUCGGAGCAGAAAUGAGCCAUCUCGUUGA